UUAUCUAACCCGUAUAAAUAGAAGCGUACGCAGAGAAGGCACAGGAUGGAACACUCAUGAUGAAUUGUUAGGGCAUGUUGCGUUGGUUCUGUCGAUGCCUGCAGUCAGAUGAUUUCACUGGCUGUACAGGAUGAAAUCUCAUAUUUCAAUGUAUAAGUAAAAGUGUCAAAGUUCAGCUGAAGCAGGGACGAAUACAGAACAAAUUUUGUGUGCAUUUGAAACUAGGGCACCAGAGCAACAGAGGAAGCCAAAAUGAGCCAGAAAAGCAAAAGGACUUUAAAGGAGAAAUUUGCCUUGAAGAACAGCUUGGUUAAAGAAGCCCUCUCAGAAUUCCUGGGAACUUUUAUAUUGAUAGCACUUGGCUGCGGGUGUGUGGGACAGGCUGUCCUGAGCAGAGGAGCCCAUGGAGGGCCCAUGACAGUAGCAGUUGGAUUUGCGAUGGCAGUCACCGUAGCAGUGUAUGUGGCGGGAGGGGUUUCUGGUGGUCACGUAAACCCAGCAGUUUCAUUAGCCAUGUGCGUGACUGGAAGAUUAAAAUGGACCAAAUUACCAAUUUACAUAUUAGCACAGUUCCUGGGAGCAUUCGUUGGAGCAGCGGCUGUCUUUGGGAUUUAUUACGAUGCUUUCAUGGAAUUCAGCAAUGGAAGGCUUGAAGUCACGGGACCUAAUGCAACAGCACAUAUAUUUGCAACAUAUCCAGCUCCUUAUCUGUCCCUCAUAAAUGGAUUUGCAGACCAGGUGAUGUCAACAGCUGUUCUUCUUCUGGUUAUAUUUGCUAUUUUUGACACAAGAAAUAACAGAGUGCCAAAGGGACUGGAGCCAAUCGCUGUAGGUCUUCUUAUAAUUGUUCUUACUUGCUCCUUGGGAAUGAACAGUGGCUGUGCCAUGAACCCGGCCAGGGAUCUGGGCCCAAGGCUCUUCACAGCCAUUGCAGGAUGGGGGAUGGAAGUAUUCACGGCUGGAAAUAAUUGGUGGUGGGUCCCUAUAGUUGCACCUAUGCUGGGAGGUGUACUUGGAGCGAUGAUCUAUGUGGUUUUUAUUGAGAUUCAUCACUCAGAUACUCAGCCAGGAGAAGAAAAUGAUGUGUAUGAUAAAUAUGAACUGACCAAUACGGAGUAAGAGAUAAAAUUCAUUCCCGUGGAGAAGGACCAGCAACAGAGGCUUAUGCUGUGCAGAGACCAGCUGAAGGCCUAUGUCUGCAUAAGCUUUCAGGAGGCCUUCUGCUGCUGAUCUGCAUGGGGGAUCUCAUCUGCUUUGUGGGAGUAAUUUUUAUUUUGGUAGAAGUAUUCAAAAAAGAAGGAAUUGGUCUCAGACCUGGUCCUAGAUCUGAGCUCCCCAAGGAGGGUCAGCUCCGUGUCAGGGAGUUUUCUCUCAAUAAAUAGAAGCGGUGGUACCUACACUACCUCCUAAAAUCCAGCCUUGAAAAAUGAAAUUAUUUCCGCUUAAUCAUUGUGAAUUGAAUGUAUCCAACAAAGUUCAUUUCUAAUAUGUAUAAAUAUAUAUCGGUGGUGGUGGUGGUCAUGAAUAAAUUGAUACCCUGUUCAGUGAUGGUCCUGAGCUAUUUUCAUGGCAGAACGCCAGAGUACCUGUUGGAUGCACUCAUUAUAGUGUCCUCCUCCCUUUGGAUUCCUACAGUUCUCCCUGGAAUUCCACACUACUUUCUGAUAUCACUCUUGAAGGGAGGAACCCUUCCUGUUGCCAGCAUUGCCUGUGCACGUUGGUGAGGGAUCCACAGAAGUGGUCUGGAAAAUAUUGCAGUCAGAAUCUGCCUCAGCAUUUGGGCAGGUCAAGCCUGUGUCACUGCAUGUCUGUGCCACGGUCCCUGGUAUGCCACUGCGAAUUCAUGGCAGAAAAGGGAUAGAAUUAGCAGGCCAAGCGAAGCUUUGUCUACUGCAGCUGUAAGUCAGAUGAUGCUGUAUACUUAUGAGAGUAUAUUUCCAAUUUUAAUUACAUUUUUGAAGAAAACUUACAGACUGUAAUGAACUCAGGUUGCUCAGUGACCAUAUCAACCCUGUGCAAAAUGCUAUUUCGUAGAAUCAUAGAAUAGUUAGGGUUGGAAGGGACCUUAAAGAUCAUCUAGUUUCAAUCCCCUGCCAUGGGCAGGGAUAUCCCACUGGCUCAGGCUGCCCAAGGCCCAUCCAACCUGGCCUUGAACAUCUCCAGGGAUGGGGCAGCCACAGCUUCCCUGGGCAGCCUGGGCCAGGGCCUCACCACUGUCAUGGUGAAGAAAUUCUUCCUAAUGUCCAGACUAAAUCUGUCCCUCUCCGGUUUAUACCCAUUUCGCCUCAUCCUAUCACCACAAGCCUUUAAGAAUAGCCCCUCUCCAGUCUUCCUGUAGCCCCUUCAGGUACUGGAAGGUCGCUAUAAGACCUCCUCGGAGCCUUCUCUUCUCCAGGCUGAACAAGCCCAACUCUCUCCGCCUGUCCUUGUAUGGCGGGUGCUCCAGCCAUCUGAUCAUCUUUGUAGCCCUCCUCUGGACCCAUUCCAACAGCACCAUAUCCUUCUUUCUAUUUGAUUCAACAUUUUUCUGCUGUGGGUUAAAAAUUGACAUAGCUAUAGCCACCCGCGUUUGACUGUGUUGAUCUAUUACCUGGAGAGCUGCAGUAACCAGGAGGAAGGGUUUAUAGAAUCAGCUGAGACAGAUACAGGAGAAGUAAGAGUACGGUAUGAAACUUAUUCCUAAUGGUAGCCCGUAUACUGGCAGCACAGACAAGCUAGUUCACAUGUCCUCUACAUUGAUAAAUGGCACUACGUAAAAAAAGAUGGUGUGUAAAAGCAAUUGCAGACUGAGCCACUCCUCCGUGCAACGAUUGCUCUCUUGCCCUUGGUGACACCUGGCAGGAGCACUCGUAGGUGGCUGCCAACCAUCUGUGUCUUGAGAGGGACAACAUAGUUAGGAACUUGCUCUUCCACUGAUGCCAACAUCUAAUAUGAACUAUCUGUGCAGAAAAUAAAAUUAGACAGCUAAUUGAUCAGAAGUGACCGGUUUUGUCCAAAAUAGUAGUGGCAGGUUAUUGCUUAUUGUGCUAGAAUUUUACAUAGUCAAUAUGCUUUAUGUGCCUCCAAAUAUUUCUUCCUUCAAUGCACCAUGGAAAACAGGGGGAAAAGCAGAAUAGAAGUAGGAAGGAAAGUGGGACAGUUUAGUUACACAACCUACUGAGUGACCAGCCCGCACUUGCCGUGUGUCUGUGCAGCAGCCAAGGUACAUGAAGUUGUACUUUUUCUCAAAAUCCUUCUGAUCGCAACAGGGUCUGCCCGUAAAUCAACAUGAAAUAACUUGCCUGAAGUUAUCAACAUGCAAAUUGUAAGCAGUGACACUGUAAUGUGAUAGCAUAGCAUUAUCUAAAAUAUGGUCUAAACAGUUGCUGUCAAUUCUGUGUUUGCUUGAAUAAUUUAUUUUUAAACUUCAAUUAACCAUUAAAUAUGUUUGUAAUUUCUUUGGAGAAACAUGGUAUUAAUAUCACAACUCACACUGACUUCACAAAACAGAAUUUCAUUCAGGAACAAAGUGUUGCAGACCUGUCUCAGAUUUGACACUAUUUACGUGUUUAAGUGUAAGAAUGAAUUCCUGCUUUGGGGACACAACUCAGUUGCGUCUUAACUACAGAAUCAUGUCCAGUACCUCCGUAAUAUAAUGGGACCAAUAAUAAUCAUCUCAUGCCGUAAGCUUACACAGACAUGAUCUGUAUUGUGCAAAAGAAAAAUAAGUAUUUUUACUUGGCAUAAACUAUGCAGUUUUCUUAUAUCAACUGAUAUUCAGUGGCCACACUCGCAUUAAUUUAAUAUAAUACAGUUGGUAACCAGAAAACUUUUUCCAGCCGUAAGACAUUCUGAUUAUGAAUAACCAGUAAUCAGGCUUGAUCACUUUCAUGUCAAGAAAAAAAUCAUUUUCAGAGCAUUGCUCAACUUUCAGUCCAGUUUUGUUCUUUUUCUUUCUUAAGGCAGUUUGUUUGCUCUUUAGAGCUAAACUUAGUACUGAAUUAAUUUGAAGAGUGAUCCUGCAAAUAGUACUGGGUUAAAGGUUGGCUACUGCACUUUAUUUCAUAGAAGUCGGUGGAAUUAUUCACAGUGGAAGGCAAGACAAGCAGUGAUAAGAGCUCAGAGAAUCAGCCCCAGACUAUAGUGGAAACUAGACUUUCUUGUAGUUUUGACUGCAGAUCUGGAUGAAUGUGUUUUGGUUUGAAAUAAAUACAGUCAAGCCCUAAUAAAUGCAUGCCAGUGCUAUUUUUAUUUUUAUAAAAAGCAAAACAAAACUCCCCUCUGGCACCUAAGGACAUAUUAAGAAAUAAAUAAGUUGCCUAUUAUGACCUACAAUGUUUUACAACGUUGUGCUGGAAGAACACAUUGACUAACAAGCUGUAUUCCCGGGGCGCAGACCCUGUGGCAGAUUUCAUGGGUUGGAAGCGGUGCCAAAGCACAGAAAUGCUCCCACAUGAGUUACGGCCACUGCCAGCCCUGGAGGCACCGAGCAACAACGAGAGAGCCAAGCACUUCGCCUCUGGGCCUUCUCACUUCGCUUCUGGACCGUCUCCUAUUCCUAUCCACAACUUGCCUAGGGAUGCUCUGUGCCACGGAUUUCCCACCGCUCUAACGAUAGCCAGAACCCAAGUGGAAUAUCUUGCUUAAGUCCCUUUCCAGAGAUUGCUUUUAAGAUGUGUAGUAUCACAUCAGAUUUGGGCUGCGGUGCUUGCAAAACGCUCAGAGCUGA